UGAACGAGUGGUGCUUGCAAAAUGAAAGGCGACCAGUCGCGCGCGUUUACGAGUGUAGGAGUUAUAAUUGCCGUUGCACUAGCCUGGUUUCCACACGCCGACCACGCUGCGGGUACCGGGCGAGGAGGCAUGUUCGGAGAUGUCAACAUCUCCGCGAUACUGGAUUCACUUAGUGUAAGCUAUGACAAGAGAGUCAGACCAAACUAUGGAGGACCGCCGGUGGACGUGGGCGUCACCAUGUACGUGCUGUCAAUCAGCUCGUUAUCUGAAGUGAAAAUGGACUUUACAUUGGAUUUCUACUUUAGGCAAUUUUGGACGGAUCCCAGGCUUGCGUAUAAUAAAAGGCCUGGCGUUGAGACACUCUCGGUGGGCUCCGAGUUUAUACGAAAUAUUUGGGUACCCGAUACUUUCUUCGUGAACGAGAAACAGUCGUAUUUCCACAUCGCCACGACGAGCAACGAGUUCAUUCGCAUACAUCACUCCGGAUCUAUCACACGUAGUAUAAGAUUGACUAUCACCGCAUCUUGCCCAAUGGAUUUGCAGUAUUUUCCAAUGGAUCGACAACUAUGCAACAUCGAGAUUGAAAGCUUUGGCUACACCAUGCGGGACAUCCGAUAUAAGUGGAACGAGGGGCCCAACUCUGUCGGUGUGUCGAGCGAAGUGUCCCUACCGCAGUUCAAGGUGCUCGGCCAUCGCCAACGGGCCAUGGAAAUAUCUCUCACAACAGGAAACUAUUCGCGACUGGCAUGCGAGAUUCAGUUCGUUCGUUCGAUGGGCUAUUACCUUAUUCAGAUUUACAUUCCUUCCGGCCUGAUCGUCAUUAUAUCGUGGGUAUCCUUCUGGUUGAAUCGGAACGCUACGCCUGCCAGGGUGUCACUUGGGGUCACCACCGUGUUGACUAUGACAACGCUAAUGUCUUCAACGAAUGCAGCUCUCCCGAAAAUCUCGUACGUCAAGUCAAUAGAUGUCUAUCUGGGCACCUGCUUCGUCAUGGUCUUCGCUAGUCUCUUAGAGUACGCGACUGUGGGCUACAUGGCGAAAAGGAUCCAGAUGCGUAAACAACGGUUCACUGCUGUCCAGAAAAUCGCCGCUGAGAAGAAGAUAACGAUAGACGGCGUCCCUGGACCUUCAGGACCCGAGCCUCAAGCAACUCCUCGGGCAGUCACACUGACCAGGCCAGCGCCUCCGAGUCGAUCAUCGUCUUACAAUCCUCACACACAGGAAGUGCGAUUCAAAGUUCACGAGCAGAAGGUGUACGCACGAGGUGGCCCGUUGGAUAAUGGGCGGGGUGGACCUUCGGUGUCGAUGCAAUCACUAUCGCAUGCAGGUCAUGCCGCUCACCCGGCCCUCCCAGCUCACACGUCACUCGUGGGACACGCCGUUCUACCAGUCCAUGCUCCACUGCCAACCCAUGCUGCAGUCCCAGCCCAUGCCACACUCCCGGCACAUCUGGCUCAUCCAACUCACACAGUAAUACCGGCGCAUGCACCAGUUCCGGCUCAAACUGCGGCACCACCAGCCGCCCCAGCCUCACAGCCUGAGGGCGAAGAACCUUUAGCGCCACACCUAAUCCAGGCAUCCAAGGGCAUCAACAAAAUCCUGGGCACCACGCCGUCUGACAUCGAUAAGUAUUCGCGUAUCGUAUUCCCGGUCUGCUUCGUUUGCUUCAAUCUUAUGUACUGGAUCAUAUACCUCCACGUAUCAGAUGUGGUUGCGGACGACCUGGUACUACUUGGCGAGGAAAAUUAAAUGCA